AUGACGAAGAUUACCAGCAAGGCGAGAUCCGUCCCAUUUUUUGUUGAGGAGGCGACCCGAUACCUGCGUGAUCACAUAUCGAAGUAUAGAACAGAUGCACUGGAUAAUCUUACAGCAAGUCUGAAAAAGUCAAAUGUGUUGAAGAAAGUAUGGGAUCCUGCCAACAGCAACUCAGUUCAAGAUUUCUAUGCUGCAGCGAAAGGAUUUUUGGGAGCAGUUGUAUGGAAAUGCAAUGCCGUUAAUACCUUUCAAGUCCCGGCCUGCGUUAAUCGGAAAAGUCUCACCAAAGCGAAAGAAUUACUUUCGGCUGCCAAGGAGUUGAUAGAGCAUGAAAGCUACGACUUAGCAAUGGAAUCAUUGAUCGGUGCACUGAUGUAUUUGCCUGACGCAUCUCGUGUUCAGUCUUCCGAAGAUUCCUGCUCUACUGUGGAAAGCGUCGAAGAAAUUCUGGCGGAAAUUCGUCUCAUUCGGGCGGGGUUGCUUUCUGACAUCGAUCAAGAUGACAGUGCGCUGAAGGAGAGCAUGCGGGGCAUAGAAAUCAAAUUGGCGAUGCUGAAGAAGCAAUUUUCCUCCGUAAAAUCCCUCAAAUUGUGGUCUAGUAUCAAACGUCAUCUGGAAAUGGCUGUAAAAAAUCACUCAGGGAUAAGCAGUGACCUGAAGAAAUUCGUGUUCGAAGUUGCCGAAACCUGUGUGUCUGGUUUAGACUUGUUGAGCGCAGAAAGAUUCAAGAUUAUGAAAGAGUUUUCGGACUUGCGUCUCCUGAUGUGCUAUGAGCCCUUGAACUCCGACGUCGGCGGCAAUAAUAUCCAUCAAGGAACAGGAAAACCUGACAGGAAGAAUAGCAAGUUGUUAUUGCCGGAUGAGAUCAUGCGUUUCGACCCAUCAAAUCGAAUUGAGCUCGUGGAAUCGCAGCAAUCAUCAGCAAAUGCCACGUGGGUCGCAUCAGAGGUCAUCAAUCCAGGAGAUAUUGUUUGUGUCCUUAGACCCGUGUCCUCGUGCCUCGUUUCGUCCAACUUCAGAACGAGGUGCUGGCAUUGCUUUUCAGAAAUCCAGCAUGAUUUCGCCCCGUGUUUCGAUUGCGCUGACCUUCGUUCGAUUCAUCCACCGGUGUCUCGUAUGUCGAACGAAAGAAUUUUACUCGCCGGGAUCGAAGCUGCUCUGCUGUAUUCAAUCAUGGAGAAAAGUCUCGGUUUUCCGCCGUUCAAUCUCGAAAAUAAACUGCACAUCACAACCGUUGUGUUCCACAUCAUGCUGUCGCAAUUCCACGUCGUCGCUCAUCCUUUCGAGCUUGCCCCUCAGCCGCCAAAAUCGCUGGAAUUGCUGUCUGAAGAUGAGGAAUUUCAAGCAACACAUGGAAGCUUGAGAAACAAGGCGAGGAAUAAUCCACAGCGGCGCCCGCGAGGAUUGACGCCUGUAAAAGGAAGCUCAAAGAAGCCUGACGAAAAGUCUGAAGAGAAAGAGAAAAUCGUCCACUUGAAAGAAGAGAGAACGGAGCCGAAAAACAGCGAGACUAAGAAUGUCGGCACUGUGGAAAAUGCGAGGCAAGAACGCAAAACCAAGCCGAUGUCAUCGGAUUCAGUUAAAUGCAAUAGUGGGAAAGUCAAAAAUACACCUGGACUUCGUGAAAUCUCUUCAAAAACAAAGAAUAAUGAAAUAAAUGCAAAACCGCAGGUCAAUUCGAAUACCAAAACUUCCAGCAAUAAUAGCCAAUCCUCUCUCUCAUCUGGCGGCAAAAUGAUCACUGAAGAUUUCGAGAAAGACCUGGAAACUGUGCUUUCGAACGUGGGCAAUUUUGAUUUCGGCUUUGGAAUCGGAAAUUCGGAAGUCGUCGAAUUAGUCUCGCCGAAAACUACAGCAGAUGAUGAAAAGGGAAAAGAUUCGUUAGUAGAUGACAUGGAAAAUUCCCCGACGUUGGUUCUGAACGACGACGGAACGCUGUCGUGUUGGUUCAGAAACAGCGCUGUUCUUUCGACAGUGAACGAAAGCUCGGGAUCAUUAAAUGAAACCACUCGAGACGCUGAAAUGGAGGGAAAAUAUUUGGUCUUUGACUCUGAGGAAAAAGGAACUCCAUUCAGGGAGCGACAAACUUUUGAAAAAGUUGAAGUUUCCGGAGUAAACCCUCAGGACGACAGGACAGAAUUUGAAAAAGUAACCUGCGAAAGUGGUUCACUGACGACAAAAAUACCGUCUACCAGAAAAUUUCCAUCCGAAAUCGGAAAAAACCCCGAUGCUGUUCCGGAUAAAACGUCAUCUGCUGCACCUCACAGUUGUGCUGCAGAGAGAUUCGAUGGACUGGAUUUGAAACACUUCGAGCAGCCUCUUGAACGAUUGCGUAAAGGGAAAAAAGAAUGCGUUAAAGAAGAUGCUUCAAGUUCAGCAGAAUCGAUGGACAUCAGCGAGAAGCAUCUGAAUACAGAUGAUUCUGAGUUUUCUGCACAUAUCGAUGUCGAAUUGGGUCAUCGGAGCACACGUAGUGAAACAGCUGGUCCCACUGCGAAGAACGAGGAAGCCAAACUCCGUCGCCCGAGUCAAUCGCACGGAAACGCCAUCCCGCACUUCAUUCGGAAAAAGAAGCCGAUGAAAGAGGUCGAUUAUAACGACCUGUUUCCAGGUGCCAGGACCUCGGUUUAUGCUGAAGUUUCGCCACAACCCGAUAUUGCGAAAGCACCGAAUGGUUCAUCUGAUCCGGCUGUCGCCAGCAGCUUGAACUGUUGUGAAGUUGGUGUAAUGAAUGAUGGUGGUUCUGCUGGUGAGGAUUCUGUGCGUGAUCCUGAUGAUGACCAAGUUCCCCGCCAUUUUACGAAAGCACCAGGGAGAUCCUGUGCGGCGACGAUUCCUGAUAAUCCUUCGAGAAAUAGCCAAACUUUCCCGACAAAAAAGAAUCCGCCGAAAAAUGGCAAAUCCAGAACACAGCAGCAGCAGCACGCCUCUGACGUUCCUCGACUUGCUGUUGACCAGAAGCAUUGCAUGAACGACUUGUUCUCCGACCACCGCAGUCAGAACUGCGACAGAAAAAUUCCAUUUCAGAGAACGGAAACGAAUGAACGUGGGAGCAGUUUUCAAGAAACUUUGCCGGUCACGGAACAAAAGGCAGAAAUUUUGCGAGAACGUCAAAUUCAAGCAUCAUCAUCAGUUUCCCAUUCCCCACUUGAAACUAAAACUGCAGAAAAACUGUCCCUGGUUUUUGAAAUUGCGUCCGCAAAUCGUGGCGUGUCUGUUGAUGUCAUCAAAGAAAAACCAGAAAUGAGUCUCAAGACGGGAAUCUCAAAUGAAGGACUAGAAACAUUGGAAGCUGCUGCUGUGAGGGACGGAACGAAAACUGAAGAAAUUCGUGGAAAGUGCCCUGAAAACUUGGUGAUAAAUCCACAGAUGUCGCCAAAGAAAUUUCAGAACGAGUCUCCUGUAGAAAAAGCACAUUCAACGUCUUCCCCAGCAGAAAACAAAACCACUAAAAGAGGCAAGGAAACGUCGAGGAAGCUUUCGGCAACCCUGUGUCCAAACGACGCGACGGAAAUCAAAGCUUCUCAUACGGCAGAUGUUUUAUUGACUUGUUCUUCGCCCAUGGUAACAGUUAGUUCUCCGAAACUUUCCAAAACCCCUAAAACGCCGAAUCUCGAAGCCCUUCACGACCUCGUCGUCAGACUGAAAUAUGCUCCUAAUCGAUCAGCAACCUGGGCCCAGGCAGCGAGACGAGCUUGCGAAAGAACCAGAGAAGAUCCCUGCAUAAUCGACUCUGAGUCGUCAUUCCCACCUUUAAGCCCGUGUAACAUUGCCAUCAAGGAGUCCGAGCUGAAGGAAAUUUUCGCUCCACGGUCUUCAGAUGACGAGAGCGUCGACAAAGACCCCAUCAUUCAUCCGCCAAAAUCGGAAGCCACGGAAAUACAGCGAACAUCUUCCAAGAAUGAUCACAAAACCCCGGAAAAUAUCGAAGAUCCAAAAUCAAAAGAACCGCGUGAAGAAUUUGGAAAAGUGAACAGCUAUCAGCAUCAGCUUCUGAACAGUUCCCAAACUCCACCUGAAGUAACGACUUCUACUGUUCCUGUAGAACUCAUUCUGCCCUCCGAGGAUGAAAACACAAAGGAGAACGAUUGGGAAACUGUCACCAGGAAGCGGAAACCAUCUGCUGGGAAAGCGUCGAAUAAAAAGCAGAAGAAUUUCCGGAACAAUAAUGAAGUGUGUCGAAAGUCAUCUGUGAAUGUGGAACAUCGGAAUGCUAACCUAAAUUCCAGAAAACCGUGUGUCGGGCUUCUCAGCAAAGAAACUUCAAAGAAAAAGUUUGAACCGAGUAUGAAAUUCAUCCCCGCUUCGCGGAAAGUAAAUGCGGAAGAAACUAUUUCUCUACCAGCAACAGCAGUCGACUCCUCCCAGAAAACGCAUCAAUUAGGUCAUACAACAUCCCAGAGUCGAUCAUCAAGUAAAAAUUCAUCUUCUGGGCCAUUGGAGGACCUGAACAGGCCGCGAAGGGAAGAAGUUUCCACUCUUGCUGUUUCAAAAAAAUGGUGGUGUGAAAUUGAAGGUGGUUUGUCUGAGAAAGUGGUAGUGGAUGUGAAGGCACAAGUUUCCCCCGCUUCAGAAAUUUUGCGAGGUCCUCAGAAGAAACGAGAUCCUGUCGUUAUUGGACGAGAACGGAAACUAGGUGUGGAUGAGGGAGGCGCAAAAGAUAUUGGGAACCCGCAAGCAGCAGAUAAAAAUUACUCAAAUGAAGAGAAAGAUUUAAAAUCUGUCGACGUGGUUGCGGAUAACUUCAAAAACGCCUCUGAUGGUGAAAAACUUUUCAGGAAUGUGAAAGGUGAAUCCGAAAUUGAUCCUCUCCGAAAGGGUUCUUGUUCUUCGUCUGGAGGUUCAAAAAAUCCUGCGAACGAUCGCAUAUCCGAAAAAACAUCAGACCUGAAGGAGAUAUUGACCGUUGUGUCCGCGAUGAAAUCAUUGCCCGAAGAUGCGCCGGAAUUUCCUACGAAAUCUGCGGAUGCCUCAGGAAAAUUGGCUGGCAAAGUCAAGGGUUUGGAUUCGGAAGUAUCCGUAUCUCAAGAUGCGAAUUCUGAAAUUCAAGAGAAGUCGGUUCUUGUGCGGUCUCGGGAAGUUUCCCUCGUGAAAGAACGAUCCGGGAAGGAAACAUCGAAUGAUCAAUUGAAUUCCAACGUGUCUCCACCCGUUAUUGAAACAGUGAGUGUAGAAUUUGAGGAACCAGCAGAGGGAGACUCGCAUUUUCAAUGCAAAUUUCCGAUCGGGAAGAAUGUCGUUCUUCUUCCUGAUGAUGGAAAAUGUUCCGGGAAGGCAAAAAAGAAGUCAUAUCGGAAAGCAGCAGUCGGAAACGAGCGAGAAACUCCUUCAAAAAGUUCCUUAGUGCACGAUUCUGACCUUUCCCGGGAAACCGAGGGGUUUAAAAGCAUUGCUGCCGUGAAGGAUUCGUAUCCUGAAGUUGAAAAUAAACCAGGGCAUUCGUCGUCCAAUCAUAGUAACAUGAGUAUAGGAAGAGGAGUUGUAGAAACAUGCGCCCAAACAUCGACUGCGUCCGGCGAAGACGGGAUUCUAAGUUCCGGUUGCCGAAAAACCCCAGAUAUCCCGCCGGGUUUCGAACAGCUCACGACGGAAACACGGACACCGCCCCUGAAGGCCAUCGAAAAAUUCUUCAGCCAAAACGUCAGCGUCGAAGAGUUUUUGAAUGGGUCAAGUGCUAAUGACGAAAUUAAUUAUCCGAGAUCGGUACGAAAAUUGAGCGUGUCGUCAUCCAGCAAUCAGUCCAAUACAUGCGAUGAAGUUUUGUGCAAGACCGGAACGCCUGCGACAAAACCGAAAUCUUCGACGCGUCAAGAGACUUCCAGGAAUCUGCGAGUGACAUCUGGCGGCGGAGACGGCAACCCGCGAACCUCAACCACGACCAACAGCAUCAAAAUCGCUGAUGAAUUUCCACUUUUUGUCCCCAAGUCAUCGAAUAAAGAAGCACAUGCCCGAAGCCAUCGUCGAGGUAGAAGGAAAGAUUCCUCUGCAGAACAACACCUGAGUAUGCUUGCGACUCGUUUCCGACUCGGUCGACUCGCUGCAGGAUUGUAUCCCGACUUGAAACGAUUCGAACAUUCCUGUGAUCCGAAUUCGCUGGUCACUGAGUGCUUCGGGGAUGUGCUUGUCGUGAGGGCCGUGAAGCGGAUUGAGAAGGGCGACAGGAUUACAAUGGCUUUUUCUGGAGAAAAAGGCGAAAUCAAGCACCCAAAUAUGCCAAAACGCGAGCGACUGGAAGAGCUUAAGACGAAUUUCAACAUACACUGCAAAUGCAACGCGUGCGCUGGGAAUUGGCGAGAAGAAUCCCCUCCCAACGACUCAAUCAUCAAAUGCCCGUCUUGCCAGAAAGCGAACUUGAUGUCGGACUUGGCACGGAAGCGGCAGAAACUGUGUUUCCACUGCAAGUCUCCCAGUGUUGCCAAGUCUCUCGCAGAUGUGGACAAUGCCUUGUCCCAGUACGAAAUGCAGAAGAAAAUCGUGUUGGAUGAUUCUUCUGCUCAUGAUUUGAAGCUCAACAGUUGGAAGGAAAUGUUCCGUGAUUUGGCUACAGCUGGUCAACACUUGUCAUCUCCUUGUCCCCUGUUGCGGAAUAUGACAGAAAAUUUAAGGAUGGCUCACGCGGGAUUGCUGGGAGGAAAUUGUUCUGGAGUGGCUCAAAAUGACUUGAAGAAUGCUUGGGCUAAAGACGAUUUUGACAUGAUCUGCAAAACUGGUCAACACUUGUCAUCUCCUUGUCCCCUGUUGCGGAAUAUGACAGAAAAUUUAAGGAUGGCUCACGCGGGAUUGCUGGGAGGAAAUUGUUCUGGAGUGGCUCAAAAUGACUUGAAGAAUGCUUGGGCUAAAGACGAUUUUGACAUGAUCUGCAAAAGCUUGAAAAAGAUGAUCGAGCUGAAUGAGCAGAUGAAAGCAGACAUGAUGAAGCGUGAAGCAGAAAGCAGGCGUCGUUUGGGGGAAAUUUUACCCUUCUACGAACUCGCCAAAGAAAAUCUUAGAAUGAGAACUAUGAUGCUCUCAAACUCGCAGAAGGAUGAGGCAGGUUCACUGCGGGCGAAGGAACGACUCGAAGAAAAAAUGAAGAAGUUGGAGGAGGACGCGUUGGCAACGCGGAAUGACGCAUUUAAUUUUUUUUGCAUGUGGUAUGAGAGCAAUGUUCUGAACGGGAAUGCCGUUAUCCAAAACACAGAGGGCAAGUCAAUGGAAGAGAUUUUCGACAUGUCUCUGGAGCGGUAUAUCGCCGAAACCAAAAGAAAGCCUCAACUGGAGAGGAUGGAAGAAUUGAAGAAAAGAGAAGAGAUCUUGUUCCGGCAACUGGCUGAAAUGUACAAAUCUUCUGCAAUGGUUGAAGAGGAAAUCGGGCGACUGACGCUGCAAUACAACAUGAAAUUCGGCCAACAACACAGCUCCAAUAUGGUUUCUGACAGCGAAGGCAGCGACCGUGAAUAUGAGUCUUCUGCUAUGCCAGUGCGUAAUACCGACGCCAGCAACAUCAAGGAAGCUGGUUUCAAAGACCCGAAUGUUGUCCUUUCGAAUUGGAAAAAUUCCGGGGCAUCUACGAAAAAAAAGGGCGCUUGUAAAGGGCGAAUGGCUGACGAUCACGAAACUGAGGAAGAAUCAAUUGAUCGACGGGCCAAUCGUAAAAGAAAUUGGUCUGAUGAUGAGGAUGACGAGCAAACGGAUGUUGCUGUGCCAGGAAUGGCAUUUGUUGCAGAAGGGGACCAGCAUAGAUCGGCUGGACAAAAUCGCAGUGUGAAACAAUCGACGCCAAAACCCAAUGUUGUAGGAAGCAGCUUUUUGCGCCAGGGUCUCCCUACAAUUACGGAUGGUAUGGAUGAGACUGAUUCUGAUGAGUAUUAUCGUCGUUAUGAGACGACAGAAACCCAGCAAAACGAGGAGAAUGUGGUGGAAAAGCAACGCAAUCAACUCGAUCGACACCGAGAAACUGCACGAGUCGACAGCAAAUACGACCCUCGUCAGCAGUUGAUGAGAAAUCCGGGAGAAAAUCAGACUCGGCAGCAACAAUCGACUUUUCGUCAUUCCCGUCAAUGGGCAUCGCACAAGGUUGAAGAGAAUAAUGCUAAAAUGUCUCCUACUGGGGUUGCUGUUUCGGGAAGAGGAAAUCAUUCUGAUGAUGAUUCCGACGAUGAAGAGCAGAUGAUGUUUCAAGAGCGUCCAUCCGCGGAAACACAUAUGGCAAGGAAAUCUCCGUAUGACAAUCAACCGAGUAUGCCUAAAACCCCAAAGGCGAACAUACAUCAGAGAAAUCGUACUCCUUCCACUGUUGAGAAACAGGAAAUCAUUGCUGGAAGAUCCUGCACUCCGAAGUCUCCUCAUGAAAUACGAAGCGAAUAUUUUUCUUCAUCGCCGGCUCAAAAUAAAACCAUGAAUACGCUCAAUAAGAAACAUGAAAAGACUCCUCGACCAACGGCACAGCGGUUGCUUCAGCAGCAGCAAACGGGUGCCGCUGCUUGUCCAAAGAAAGUGCGGUUCCCUGCUGGGCUCUUUGACGACGAUGAAGAUCAGGACGAAGAUGGCGCGUUUAACACGCACACUGAGUCACCUCAGGGGAAUAAACUGCCGUCUUCGGUCGGGAUUUCUCCGGAAUCCACUCCUCGCAUGAAAAGAAAUUUCGAAUCCAGUCAUCAAAGGCCGAGAUAUUGGCAAAGGGACGACUCCGAUUCGGACGAUGACGAGUUCUUUACUGAAGAGAAGAAAACGCCUCGGACGCCGGCGCUGCAACGUCGACCUGCUGUCUCCCGACGUCCUCCUGAUCAAGCAACCGACAAGUCUGUUGUUGCCGGUAAUAAAAAUAAGUUGUCGCCUGGUGACGCCUCUGCUGCUGGGCCAAGUAAAUCACCUUACCGUGGAGCCGGUCAGAGGAAAGGGACGCCACAACUCGGGAAUUAUCCCGCCCAUUUACGAAUUGGGUCACCAACCAGUCGGACUGAUGCAUUUCCGGAUUCGAAAGGUCAUCGUAGGACGCCCAAGCCAGGCACCGGUACUCGCAGCCCAGGUUUCAGCAGAGGGCAGGGGAGCCUGUUUUCGGGCAGAAGUCCGCGGAGUACGAACGAGAUUAAUCGCAGUCCACGUGGAGCUUCAGGCAGUGAUUUGAAUCCGACCGCGGACUGGUUGGAUUUUGCAGCAAAUGUUGGCAGCUUUGACACUGGUCACUUGAUGAUGGAUGGGCUUUCUGACAUGGUUUUCUCGCCUGGGUGUGGUGCCAUGUCAGAUGAUGGAAACGCAGUUCUGGAUAUGAGUGACUGAGGCAAUCUGAUGAUCCUUGCUGGGCUAUGGAGAUCUGUUCCAAGCUCGAUCGGGUCGGUCUGGACUUUUUUUCUCCGUUGCUGUCGCCGCCUUCGCUUAAUUUUUACGAUGGGUGUUAUCAAAGUUGAACUCAAAUUAUGUCAAAUUUGGCACUUUCGGAAAAGUGUCGGUGUUCCGCUGCCUGUAAUGGUUCAAUCAAGUUAAAUAAGUCGACUCAUACCUCUGAUCAUGCAAUUUGUGCACAGGUCUUGAAUCUCAUUAGUGGUAUGUUAAUGACCGCUGAAAAAAACUUCCAACUGGCAGGAUAUCUGAUUUCUAACUUUUUUUAAAUCCAAAAUUAAUCGAUUCAAUGCAUUCCAUGUCAUGGCCUAAAUUCAGUUCAUUUAGCGUUAUCAAUC